AUGCUGGGAGACAACCAGGAGAACCGAGGGAAGCUAGAAGGCAGCAGCAAGGCUCGCAAGGAGAGGACGGCCUUCACCAAGGAACAGCUGAGGGAGCUGGAGGCGGAGUUCGCCCACCACACCCGGCUCCACAGAUAUGAGAUCGCUGUUAACCUGGACCUCUCCGAGCAACAGGUGAAAGUGUGGUUCCAGAACCGAAGGAUGAAGUGGAAGCGUGUGAAGGGAGGUCAGCCUGUCUCCCCCCAUGGGCAGGACCCCGAGGAUGGGGACUCUGCAGCCUCUCCAAGUUCAGAGUAA